AUGUGGGGAAGCGGCAGAUUUGCGCAGCUCUGCGUCAUUGUCCUGACGCUUGGAGCGGCUCAGGAGAACUUUUGCUCACAGCCGAGUUUGAGUCGCUUUGAUGGUUUCCCAAAGCAACUCGAUGCGGCGAUCUACUGGUUUGGCCCAGAGGAUCAAACGGAGAAGGCCACUGGAUCGGCGUCCAAGUUCUACGAUCCCAGCCGGCCGACGAUGCUCUACUUCCAUGGCUGGACCGGGCAAGGUGGUGGUUGGACCAGCAAAUGCAAGCGUUUGACCACCCGCUGCCAUCCAGACAUUUGCCCCAAUGGUGGCGGUCAGUUGCUGGUGAAUUCCUGGCUCGAGGAAGGCUGGAAUGUGGGCUUCUUCUACUGGGAUCAGUUUUCGGACGAGGAAUGUGCGCGGGACGCGGAGCAGAAGCUUUGGUUCGACCGCGGUGGCGACGGGAUUCGAUGGAAGUCCUUUGAUCCGGCCACAGGCCAACGAACGCUCCGGUUUCCUCCCCGAGCGCCAGGGCGCACCGAAUAUCGCACCUACCAGGAGAACUUGGAUGAGCUCUCCGUGUCGGACAUGUGUGCCAAUAGUGUGAAGAUGGCCAUGGGGUCCUUCAAAGGUUCGCAAGUGCGCUUCGUGGGGCACUCCUUGGGUGCUCAACUGGCCGUGCGGUGCGCCUCGCUGCUGCACGUCGAGGACCAUGCGGCAGCACCGCAAAGAUUAGCUUUGUUGGAACCCUACUUCAGCAAACAUAGCCACAUGUACUUCUUCGGGUGCCACGCUGAAGUGACGACCGACGAGGGAAUGGGCGACUUUGCGGCCAAGCUCACCGUCCAGUUCGUGCAACAUCUCUGGAAGAGCAAGAAGGUUGUGACGGAAGUCUACAAAUCCUCGCAGCUCACGGAGGAGACUGGAGAGGAGUCGCCGUACUCGGAGCUGAAGAAUCUGGUCGAGAAUGGCGCCGUGGGUGGUGUUGAAAAGGCGCUGGUCGGCAAUCUGGCCUCUGGCAUGCGCGCCGAAGACCUGGAGAGGUCGGGGACCAUGGUGAAGUACAACCCAGACUGGUGUGAAGGUGUGGGCUCUUCCACCAUGGGCGACGUGGAGCACGUGGCAUGCAGGCAUUGCGCGGUCAUGCCGAUGUACCUCUUGGGCUUUGGCCGGGCGCCCCCAGCGCUGCGGCCGCCGCCCACCGAGCGCUCGGAGCCGGGCUCGGCUCUAUCAUCGUGUAUGACGCCCUCGGCCUCUUGCACGGACGGCCAGCUUCGGCAAUGGGUCCAGCGCCAGCUAGAUAUGGCGCCGACUCGACAGAGUUGGCUGCAGAUUGCUGGGCGAAGGACCUUCGAUGAGGUGGACGAUGCCUUUCAGUUGGAUCCCUCCAUCGAGCAGGGCUUCCAGUUGGGCCUUCGGAGUGCGAACUCCCUGGUCCAGAAGACGGCGCUGGAGCUGCCGAAGGGCCAGGAGUUCUCGCUCCACGCCUUGCUGACGACCCCAUGGAUGUUGCUUUCAGUGGUCGGUUUCGUCUUCACGGUGGUGGCUGCAGCCAUCUUCGUGAAGCAUUGCCAGCGGUGGCCCUGGCAAGGGGAUGACAGCGACGAUGAGCUGAGCCAGUCACCGAACACCACCCGGCGCGUCUCCAUGUACUCGCGCGAGCCCGAGCCAAGCCCCGGCUACGACCCGCUCUUGGCGUCGCAGAUGGGGAGUUCCUUCUCCUCCACAGGUUCUCGGACCGUGCUGGUACAACCGAUGCCACCCUUGUUGCCGUUGCCGGCGGUGACGGGAUGGGCCUUGCCCGAAGGGGGCGUGAAGAUGUUUCCCGUGCAGGACUGGCGCGAAUGCGUGGUGGAUGCCUCUGAGGCCUGGGGUCGACAGGCGCUUCGCUUUGAGCCACUCCAUCACAAGGCCACGCUGCGCCGCGGCUUCGCGCUGGCGCGCAUGAAGCGCUGGGGGCCUGCGGCAAAAGAUCUGGAUCGCGCUGUGAGCGUGGAUCCCGCAGACAAGAAGGCGAGUGCUGAGCUGCAGAUGGUGAGGCGGAUGCUGGCAGAGCAGGCCAAGGAGGCGCGCGCCCACGCGAAGUGCGUGAUGUGCGACCCCACGCGGGACCCCACGAUGCCCACGCGAAAGUUGGUGGUGAAGGUCCAGCGAGGGGAGGUGGACCGUGCAGAGCGGGUCGAAGCGGCGGAGCGCGAGGAGAAGGAUCUGAGGAAGCCUCCGGAAGAAGCGGAGGCUCCGCCCGCGCCCGCGGAGUCGCCGGCGCCCCGGUCUCGACCUGCAGCUCGUGCCUAUGUGCCACGAAGUGUAGGACUCCGUGGUGGUCGACCUGAGGCAUCCCAAAGCCAAGGUGCCCGGGCAGCCAUGAGCUUUUACCAAUUCGAGGCGCAGUGGAACCGCCUGCGCGGGAAGCCUUUGGAACGAGCUGGGCUGCUGGAGAAAGUGGGUUCAUCUGUGCUACCGGCGCUCUUCCGGGAAUCCUUGGAUUCGGAGCUCGUCUCCGGGAUCGCGGAGGUCGUGGUGGUUCCAACGCCUCAAAAGCCUCCAACAGCCACAGCCUUUUUGGGGGAGUGGUCUCACCAUGAGGCUUUGGCGGCACGCCUCCACGCAGGGCCAACGCGCUUUGCGGUGGAUGUGCUGGGCGCACUCUCGAGGACUCCCCGCUUUGAGCUGAGCAUCCAUUGCCUGACUGCCAAAGAGCAUGCGCUUCUGGACGAGGUGCUCAGCAAGCUUCAAGUCGACUUUCCAGAGGAGAUUGAGGCCUUGUCGUCAGCUUACAGGCCUCCCAAGACUUCGGACGGCCUUAUGGAGCUUGACGAAGAUGAUGUCGCCGAGGACGCUCCGGCUGCCGCAGCGCCCGCAGCGCCCGCGGCAGCGGCCGCGGCGGUGGCGCCCAUCUCCCUGGAGGGUUGCGACUGA